GAUUCUUGUGUCACGAUGACCUCGCCUUCGUCAAAAGCCGGUCGGUCUGCUUAUGUGCGGCCGAAGGUCGGGUAGGGUUCACAACUGGCUGCACUGUGGCUGAGAGAGGUUCUGCCUUGCUGUUUGAUCUACCGAAAAUCAGCUUUUUACUGUGAGACGAUAGAACCAGUGGACCAUGGAGGUGGGCUUGUGGAACAUGGUGGCCAUGCUGCUCUUCGUACUGGAGGCGUACCACGUGUUGGGACACACUGCCGUCCUCUUCCGCAUCCGCAUGCUGCCACGCCGCGACCUGGUGCGCAUCCGCUCCUACUUCUUGCUGGACGGCUUCACCACCUUCGUCGUGGCCUUCUUCGUAACCGGCCGACUGCAGUGGCUGGUGCUGCUGCACCUGGUCCAACACCUGUACUACUACUUCACAUGGGAAAAAUCUAGCUUUGCCAAAAGGGUGGUGGAUUGGAGCUCACUGGACUGGCUGGAAAGUCCACGGGGCGGCAAGAUGGAGCUGGAUAAUAUUCUGGGCACCUUCUUCGACAUUCUGGUGCACGCCAGCAACAUGUGCGUGCUAUGCUCCUACCUGACCUCAGUGCACGUGCUUUUCCUGAUGGCGUUUGCUCAGGUGGCUGCUUGCUUCGUUCUCUUCAACCCUCGUUUGGCCUGGAGCUCGCCCGGCGCCCUGGCACCCUGGGUACAAAGGAGGAUCUCCCCCCUGCAGUUCCAGUAGCGAGCACGGGGCUGCUGGAUGCCUGCUGUGCCUGACCAUUUCAUUUUUAGUCUUUUUCUCAUGGUCUUUAACUCCUAGUAGAUUUUCAUUCCAAAAGAAAUUAAGUCUACAAUUUAUCCCCCAUACUCGUGGGGUUUUGCGUACCCUGAGCCUCUAUAGCUCCUCUAGCUAAUGUUUUUGAAAGCAUUAAAAGGUGGGCUAUUGAUGCCAGCCCGGUGAUACUUUGCAAAUUAAUGACUAAGUCCAUGUAAUCUCUCAAUGAUCUGGUAAAUCAAGAAUCCUCCCUAAGUACGUAUGUGUUAGUAUGGAAGGUGGAUUUGUACAUACUAGUAUUAUUAAGUGCUAAGUUACAAAAUAACCAGUUCCUGGUAUUAACCAAAAAGAAACUUUUUUUUAAAUCAAACUGUGCACAGAACAAUUAUAAGGGACAAUUAUAAAUUAUACCACUACGACCUAGUCAGAUUGUCAACAUCGUUAAAUGUUUGUCAGAUUAUGAAAGAUUAAUUGGUUUUUCUGGUACAUAACUAUUCGUAGUUAUAGUGGAUACUACUUUGUAACACUUGAACAGAUAUUUGUUGUGAUCUUGUACUGUUGGGGUAGUUUCCCUUUGAUUGUAGGUGAAUGGUGUUAACAGCGAAGGCCUUCUAGAUGAUUUGACUGUGAUAAUAAAUGGUGGAACAGAAAUAAACUUUUUUAUUAUUAAGUUAUUUUAUUUUUGCUUUAUGAGGUUUAAAA